AUGGAGAACGGCUUUGGUGUUGAGGACCUUUUUCAAGAUGACACGGCGCCGCGCACCUCACCGCGGAGAACCGAUAGUAGGAUGGACGAGCUCCGGCUCGGGGGUUGUAAUCAGAAGAUAGCAUGGUCGAAGCUCGGGUCGAUAGCGAUAAUCAACGCCGCCGGUACGGGAGUCGAAACCCGCCAUCUCUCGUGUUCGCCAGAGGACGGUCGCUGGCUGCUUAGUGACGCAUACCCGGUCGCCAACGUAUCACGGUACCACGAAGGGCUUGGGCGGGUGUCGUUCUAUACGGUGUUUUUGGCGGUCAACCAUCUGAAUGUUACGCGGCAUCAGAUAUUGGACCAAGACGACGAUUUGAGCGCGCUGGUGGGGUUCUGGUGGUUGCCGGUUGAGAGAGCUUAUGCGCUGUAUAGACCUGCGACAAGGCAAGAAGACCGGAGCUUUAGGUAUCAAGCGUUUAGUUUCAGGCCCUAUGGGCCCUUUCACCCCAUUCAAGGGAAGGUGGCGGCGAUUGGUAUAACACGGGGAGGGACUGCCAAAAUGUGGUACCAGGAUGCACAUAGUCGAUAUCAAGAAGUUACUACAGAGCUUGAAGGCUUUUCGUCACUCGAUGACCUCUUCUCUCAUGCCGCGAUCUCAUGGAAUAAAGACAACGUUGCGGUCUUAGCAGCCUACACCCUUUCCCACCAGCUUCGUGUAUAUCGGAUCUCUAUAAAUUGGAAUCUCCAACAGAACCCCCCAAAUCAACCCCCCACAAUGCUCCCGGCUCCCCCCACUCUCGAGAUUAAGCACGUCAAAGUCGAGAACCACGCAAUGCCCAUGGAAUCUGGUAGCCAAGAUGCUUCGUCUGCGCAGCUAUCGCAUCUAGAAAUCAUGGCGCCUACUCCCGGCUCUCCAACGAUCCCGAAUGUACCUUGUGUACUAGCAGUAUUCUCAAGCCGGCGUGCAGAUGGGGAGGCUUUUAGUGUGGUGUGUAGAUGGUGUCUCAAAGAGAGCCCGAGCACCUUGCAUCCCUCCUUCGACCAGCUGGGCGUGAGAAGGAGUAGUGUUUCUAGUCCGACGAGCGUAGAGCUCGAGCUGUUUAGGAUGGAUGAUCUCUUUAUCCCCAAAACCAUCAUAUCUGUUUCCCUUGUGACCUCCGGCACUGUUGUUGCCUUUGCCUUCUCAGAUGGCUCCCUGGAGCUCCGUGACCGCUACAACUUCAACCUCCUGCAGAAUCAGAGCACAAGUAAAGACCUGGUUGUGAAUAUGGUGCAGGCCGGGUUCUGGUUCCCGCCGGGAGAGGACUGCAUUGACCUUGCGCUGUCCCCUAACAAUGCAGUUGCGAUCAGACUGGGAUGCGACCACUCGAUCAAGCUCAUGGUCAUGGAAUACAACGGCAACAUGCAAGAGGAGGAGAACAUGGAGAUCGCCUGCAUAGCACUGGCGCACCAGCACGCAUACAGCUGCAACAACCACCUCAACAACGACGACCUCCUGCUCGUCGCGCAGCAGUACAGGAACCCGGUGUUCAACAAUAUGUUUCUCUCCGAGGCCCACCAUGCCCUGAACCUCAAGAUGGACUUUGCAACCGAGUCGCCCUCCGAGCGCCUCUUCCGGAACCCGCUGCUGCAGCGCUGCCUGAGUCUGCAGAACAGCCUCGAUUUCCAGGGCGAGCGCGUCAAUAAGCGCCUCUCCGGGAAGCUGGCUUGGGCGACCCUGCACCUCCGCGUGGCGAGUGUGGCGUUUGCGCUGACGUUUAACAACCCGCAGCGCCAGCAGGGGGCGGGCGGGAGUAAUGACUUUGAUCUGCGCCCGGAGGCCCUGCAGACGCUGUUAGGCCUCGUGAGGUGGUUGAUGGAUAUCAUGAGCUUGACGAUCAGUGAUCUCUUUGAGCUGGCCAAGGCCACAAAGGGGAGAACAAGCGACCUUGCUUUCGUCCGCGAGAAAGUCAUUGAAGGGAACUCACCCGCGCUCUUUUUGGCACUGGCUAGUGCGCCGCGUGCGCUGCUGAGGUAUAACUGUAGGAGCCUGAAGGGGCUGGAGACGACGGCUGGGAAGCAGCUGGCCAUGCUGCAGGGCGGGCCGGUGGACGAGGAGCAGAGAACGACGUUCCGGAGCUUGAAGGUGCCGAUUGAGAGCUGCGCGGUCAAGAUUAGCCAGUUUGAGCGCAUCAUGACCGAUAUUGACGGCACGAUCAGAGCGGCUUAUCACAACGUCGCCGAAGCCGAGCGCGCAAACGCCGAGAAGCUCCUCUUCGUCAACAACGAGAUCCCGCCCAUCUUCGCCUCCGCCGUCGAGCGGCUGCUCAACCUCACGCUGCCGACGCUGCGCAAUGACCUCGACGUUGCAAAGCUGUUUUGGCACGACGUCACGUGGCUCGGCUUCCACGAUGAUGUCGCGAGCAGGGAGUACCGCAGGCUGAACAGGAUCGAUGCGAUCAGGAAGGUGGUGCUGCCGAAGGGCGACGACAAGAUUAAGCUGCGGAGGUGCACGAGGUGCUGUGCGGUGGUGGAGGAUAUCAUUCCGAUUAAGAGCCCGAGCUAUUGGUUGGGGAGUAUGCAGAGGAUGUGUUUUUGUGGGACGCUGUGGAUGCAUAUUAGUAGUCCGCCUUGA